AUGUAUGACAACAAUACAGGGAUUUUCUGCGGUUUAAUAUCUAACCCGGUGCCUCCAUUUCCCGAGAGAGAUGCCUAUCCUGCUUCACUUACCGCUCCAUGUGACGACCUGACUAAUCAAGAAAUGGAAAUAGAGGAGCUUGAGAGGAAGAUCUGGAAAGACAAGCAACGUUUAAAGCAGCUCAAGGAGAUGUCCAAGAACGGUUUAGGUAAAAGAUUAUCGAAACAACCUGAGGAUUGUACAGAGUAUUCGAGUAAGAAAAUGAUGUACCAGGCACAAGAUGGGAUCUUAAAGUACAUGUCUAAGGCCAUGGAGCGUUGUAAGGCUCAAGGCUUCGUUUACGGGAUCGUGUUUGAGAACGGGAAAACAGUAACGGGGUCUUCUGAUAAUCUCCGUGAGUGGUGGAAAGACAGAGUUAGGUUUGAUAGGAACGGACCAGCUGCUAUCUUGAAGCACCAAAGGGAUAUCAAUCUUUCUUCUGAUGGAACUGCUCUUAACCGAGAAAAGAGCAUUGUUGAAGAAAUGUAUGGAUCUAAUGCCCUAGGAACCAGUGGUGGGACCAAUGUUCUGUUUCAUGAAUCUGCUGAUUAUGAUGUUGAAGAAGCUUAUGGAUCUCAUGUUUCUGAACUUGGCAACAACUUGAGUUGUGUUAAUAACAAGAGGAAGCUUGAAGGAGAAGUAGAGUUAUCGUUUCAUCCAACAACAAACCUAACUUGUGAAAACAGUUACUGUCCUUAUAGCCAACCGCAGAUGGGAUUCCAUGACAGGGUCUUGAGAGAGAAUCACCAAAUGACUUGUCCUUAUAAAGCUACUAAACCAUUUGGUAUGCCCCUAAGUUUCAUGGUUCCUUAUCAAAUGGAAAUGCAACAGCAACAACAAGAAGUUCAGAACAUUCAAGAACAGUUUAAUAUAUCAAACAAUCUCUUCAGGCCAAAAGCAGCAGAGAGAGGAGGUAACAAUGACUAUCUCUCUGACCACCGGUUUGGUUUGGUUGACAAUUCGAGUGUUUCUGCUUCGGUAAUGAAUCAUAAUCCUGGUUUAGUCUUACCUGCUAACUUCAAUGACAAUGCGGAAACAGUAGGGAUGGAGAGUAAUCAGCAGAAUCAAGAGGAAGGCUUGCCCAUGCCUUGGAUUGAAUGA